AUGUUAACCGUUUGCUUGCUUGUUUUCUUGCAGUACGGCAACUCUGGAGGACCACUAGUCAAUCUGGAUGGGGAGGUGAUCGGCAUCAACACUCUGAAGGUCACAGCAGGAAUCUCCUUUGCCAUCCCCUCGGACAAGAUCAGACAGUUCCUGUCACGCGACAGACAAGCUAAAGGUAAAACACCACAGAAGAAGAAAUACAUCGGCGUCAGAAUGAUGAGUCUCACUUCAUUGUACGUCCCAGCUUCCCUCACCUCUACUUCUGACAUCCACAGAAAAAUCAUCUAAACUGCAUUUAAACAGGAUUAAAUA